GGACUUGAUCUUGGUGUAUAAGGUCAUAAUUGAGAAUGCCCCCCUCCACCAUGUUAGUUACAACUUACAACAUGAUAAUCAUUACAUCGUUUAAUUUUAUUUUCCCCCUUUAUCUAAACAUUUCUAAAUAAAUCUUCCUCAUGCUAUCAGCAUAUCACAUUUUUCAAACACACUUGUACAAAUAAUAUAGAGAAAGAUGAAGGCACCUCUGCAGCUCCUCCUAAUUACCUUUCUUGGUACAUUCCUCCGUGCAAGGACAGAAACUGACUCGUGUACCAACAAUCUGAGUAUUAAGGUUCCUAUCCCUUUUGAUACAACCAACCUUCACUGCCUUUCUGUAUGGGAUGCCCAAGGUUUCAUCCUCAGAUAUGUCCAGACUUCUGCAAACAUUUGGAGCUUCAUUCUCUCAACUCCAGACACAAAUUCAUACGUAGCUAUGGGAUUUUCGGCCACCGGUGGCAUGGUGGGUUCAAGUGCAAUUGUGGGGUGGGUGGCAUCUAAAGGAGCCAAUGGAGGGAUAAAACAGUAUUAUCUAGGGGGGGUUACCUCAAACCAGGUAGUGCCUGAUAAAGGAAACUUGCAGGUUAUAGGAAAUUCAACAUUCAUCAGUUUACAAUCCUCUCGUCUGUACAUGGUGUUUCAGUUAGAAACUACCGAGCCUUUGUCUUGGCUGAUACUUACCACUGGAUCCACUGGUAUAUUCCCUGCAGCACCAAAUUAUUCACUAACAAAACACCUAGACAAGUUGUCCACAAGAAUAGACUACUUAAAAGCAAACCUUGGAAGUUCACAAGUGAAUGGAAGUUCUUCACAAGGAGGUGGAAGUAGUACACAAAGUGAUUCAUGUGACUCCAAGCUAAACCUCAAUGUUCCUCUCCCAUUUGACACAACCAAGCUCAAUUGCCUUACUGUUUGGAAUGCUCAAGGAUACAUUCUCAGAUAUACUCAAACUGCUUCAAACACAUGGAGCUUCAUUCUCACAGCUCCAAACCAAAAUUCUUACAUAGCAAUUGGAUUCUCUCCCAAUGGAGGUAUGGUAAGUUCAAGUGCAAUUGUUGGGUGGAUUUCAUCCAAUGGAGCUAGUGGAGGCAUGAAACAAUAUUAUCUAGCAGGGUAUGCACCAAACCAAGUGGUGCCAAAUAGAGGAAACUUACAAGUUAUCUCCAAUUCAACUUUGAUUACAUCACAAUCAUCACGUUUGUACAUGGCUUUUCAGUUACAAACCAAUUAUCCUCUGUCUCGAAUGGUCUUUGCCAUUGGACCUAAUGGUGUCUUCCCUUCUGCACCAAGUUUUGGUCUAAUGCAGCACCAAGAUAAAGCUUCCAUUAAUGUGAAUUACGCCACAGGUUCAAGUGCAACAGGAAAUCCAUAUAUGAACCUAAAAAGAAGCCAUGGGGUGUUGAAUAUAUUGGGAUGGGGUAUCUUUAUCAUAAUGGGCGCAAUAGUUGCUCGUCACUUCAAGGAUUGGGAUUCAUUUUGGUUUAAUUUCCAUGUUUCAGUUCAAUCAUUGGGUUUUGUUCUUGGGGUAAUUGGUGUAAUUAGUGGGCUUAUCCUAAAUAAUCAAAUCCAUGUUGAUGUUAAUCUUCACAAGGCCCUUGGAAUCAUCAUUCUUAUUCUUGGUUGCCUCCAGAUAAUGGCUCUUCUUGCUCGACCGAAAAAGGAAUCAAAAGUGAGAAAGCAUUGGAAUUUAUAUCAUCGUACUACAGGGAGAAUAUUAAUUAUAGUAGCCAUAGCCAACAUUUUCUAUGGAAUCCAUUUAGGCAGGGAAGGAAGUGAAUGGAUGAUUGCUUAUGGAAUUGUGCUAGCUCUAUUACUAUCUAUUGCAUUCAUUUUUGAGACUGGAUUAUGGAGUAGAGACUAAAUCUUUUCUUUAAAUUGAUAUUGUUUCAUCAUUAGUUUUCAUUUCGGUGCUCUUUAGUUUCUUUUGUAAUCUUAUUGUAGGAGGAGGAUUAGAAAUUAAUUAAUGUCGUAUUAUUAAUAUUGAGAUAUCAACUAAAGAUAAUUCAAUUGAUAAA